UUCUCCUGUCCCUUCGUGUCGUGUCGCCGUGCGGCUUCCGCUGCUUCACCUUCCCCCCUCCCCUCCCUAUUCUCCUGGCACGAAGUUGCUCUGCGCGUGCUGGACGGUUAUAUGAUGAUUUGUUGGAUGAUCUCAUUGCAUUUACAUAACUCCAUGUGCUGAUAUCUAAACCCCCACGGGCCCUCCCCUCUUGAUCCACUCCGGUAUCUUUAUUCAAGUGACGACGCCAACACGCGGCUGCUCCCUACCUCUCUCUCGGAUUUCCUGUCGAGAACCCCGUCGAUCGAGGAAUGUGGGUUUCCUCUAGAUCCAUUCGCUCGUCCGGUAUUACUUUGUUGGGAAUCAAUGGAGAGCCUCCUGCGUUGAUCCGCUCCAGCUUGUGGAUAGAAUCGUCAUGGCUUCCGCUGCGAAGCCAAGUCUGGAUGACUCCCGCCGUGGGCUGGGGUCCCCAAAGAUGAAGACACGAGAAAAUGCGAAGGAUACCCUAUGCCGCAAUGUGACCAUCUAUGGUCGCUGUCGGUAUGAAGAUAAAGGGUGCGCCUUCAACCAUGACCCGCACAAGAUCAACUCCGCAAAUCAAUUCGACAGUAAUAAGAAGCGCCUAAAUGUUGACUCUCCGAGCUUCACGCCAUCUCUGCUGCCUUCCAACGGGUCAUCAUCACCCACAAUUUCAACAUCGACAAUGAAAAAAAAUACCACCAUCUCGCCCAAAGCCGCGAGUGCGGCCCCUUUCCAACCCAGAAAUAUUUCAUCAAGAUCCGGCACCAGUACGCCCGCAGCUCGACAGGAUGCGAUGGCCCCAGACUGGUCUGUAGCUGAUGUACAAGAAUUUGUGCCUCAAGGCUUUGACUCAUCGCAUAUGAGUCCUCUCCACGGAAAUGGCAAUCCUAGUGUGGCCUCAACCAGUGCUUACGAUCCUUUCGUGACUACCCCAAACCCCCUUGCUGCGGCUGGGGCUGUUGGUCCAGUCCAGGCGAAUCCCUUUACCCAUGAUACUGCAGCCGCACUUGGUGGAGCAUAUUACGCUAACCAGUCCGGCUUUCAACAGCCAGUUCAAUAUCAUUUGUACGCUCCGAUUGGGCCUCAUAAUCAGAACACUCUAGCAUAUCAGCGAAACGUUCAUGACCUGUUCCUUCCAAAUGACUUUAGGGAAGAGUUGCAAAAGAAAGCAGCCGCCACAUUACAGACUUUGCCCAAUACUCAGCUUCCAGCUCAAGUCGAUUAUUUUCAUUCUCUGGUUCCUCUGGAUUUGAAUCACCAGAAAAAUGCUGCCACUUUUGGCUUUCCCAGUUGGGUUUACAAGGCGCAGUCUAGUAAAGACGGAAACUUUUAUGCUCUUCGCAGAUUAGAAGGCUUCCGACUAACAAACGAGAAAGCAAUCCGCUCCGUCCAAGCUUGGAAGCGCGUGUGCAGCGGUAGUGUGGUGACUGUGCAUGAUGCUUUUACCAGUCGAAGUUUUCAAGACAGCUCAUUGAUUUUUGUCACGGACUACCACCCACUUUCGAAAACUCUCUCAGAACAACACUUGAGCGCUGGGACCCGAUUCCAGGGCCGCCAUAACCCACAUAUUCCAGAACAGGUCCUGUGGGGCUACAUGACCCAGAUCGCCAAUGCUUUGAAAACGAUUCACGGCAGUGGACUGGCUGCAAGGAUCAUUGAUCCCAGUAAAAUCCUGUUGACUGGCAGAAAUCGUAUCCGGCUUAACGCGUGCGCGAUCAUGGACGUGGUCCAAUUCGACACACAAAGAACCGUGGCGGAUCUUCAACGUCAAGAUCUUGUCAACUUUGGGCAGCUCAUUGUUACUCUGGGCGCCAACACCCCCAGUGUCAUGCAUAAUCCUGCAAAGGCCAUGGAGCAUUUUACACGCGCGUACAGCCCGCAGCUCAAGAACUCUGUCUUUUGGCUGUUGAACGGCAUGCAGAAGGAUCAAGACCGGAAUAUUGACAUUUUCAUUACGGGCAUAUCAUCACAAUUAAUGUCGACCUUCGACUCUGCUCUCCAUCUCGAUGACCAGCUAACGUCAGAUCUGGGGCGAGAGCUUGAAAACGGACGGCUGGUGCGGCUCUUGGCCAAGCUGAACUUUGUCAACGAACGGCCAGAGUACGAGCAUGACCGGCAAUGGUCGGAGAACGGCGAGCGGUAUUUCUUGAAGAUCUUCCGCGACUUUGUGUUCCACCAAGUGGAUGCAUCCGGUGACCCUGUUCUUGAUUUGGGUCACGUACUGUCGUGUUUGAAUAAAUUGGACGCCGGGACGGAUGAAAAGAUCACAUUAGUGAGCCGCGAUGAACAGAGCUGCUUUAUAGUCAGCUACAAAGAGCUCAAAAAGGGUCUUGAGUCAUCCUUCCAGGCGCUCUUGAAGUCCAGUACCAGACGGCUUCACUGAGUAGUACUUAACAGGGGCCAGGAGGGGAGAUUAUAUAUGUUGGAAAGACGGGACGGAAGGAAUGAUGAUGGAAACCUGCUAAUUGGUAGCAGAUGUGGGGGAAUUGAUCCCUGACAGGAAUUUGGGCAGGGUGGUUUUUAACCUGCCUUCCGUUGUCAUGUCAGGGCCAGUCUGACAGGCGGAAAUGCAAAUGCAAUUGCUUGUGUGUUUUUGAAGAUAUGAUGAUGAUUUACAUUGUUACCCGAUGAAAAUACAAAGGCCAUUGAUUAGAAAUAAUAUUCAUUCAAUUCAUGCUUUUUGGCUUGGACCAUCUAACUUGGCGCCCGA